GGGCGCGGCCCGGCCUUUGCUCCCGCCCGCCCCGUCCUCGUCCCCGCCCGCCGUCCCCGAGCCGCGGCGUCCAGAGCUGCGACCCGCGCGCCCCGCUCCGCCGCCGCCGCCCCGGCCCGGGCCGCCAUGUCUCCGUGGAAGAAGACUGUCUACAAGAGCGUGUGCCUGGCCCUGGCCCUGCUUGUGGCCGUAACGGUAUUCCAGCGCAGCCUGACUCCCAACCAGUUCCUGCAGGCGCCCCCAGCCCCCUCUCUGGAGCCUCAAAAGGCUCAGAAACCAAGCGGACGCCUGGUGAACCCCAACAGUUUCUGGAAGAACCCCAAGGAUGUGGUUGCCCCCACACCCGUGGCCUCACGGGGGCCCCAGACUUGGGACAUCAACACCACUAACUGCUCGGCCAACGUCAACUUGACUCACCAGCCCUGGUUCCAGGGCCUGGAGCCACACUUCCGGCAGUUCCUGACCUACCGCCACUGCCGAUACUUCCCCAUGCUGCUGAACCACCCGGAGAAGUGCCACGGUGACGUCUACCUGCUGGUGGUGGUCAAGUCGGUCAUCACGCAGCACGACCGCCGCGAAGCCAUCCGCCAGACCUGGGGCCGGGAGCAGGAGGUGGCGGGCAGGGGCCGCGGCGCCGUGCGCACCCUCUUCCUGCUGGGAACGGCCUCCAAGCAAGAGGAGCAGACCCACUACCAGCAGCUGCUGGCCUACGAAGACCGCCUCUACGGCGACAUCCUGCAGUGGGACUUCCUCGACAGCUUCUUCAACCUGACCCUCAAGGAGAUCCACUUCCUCAAGUGGUUUGACAUCUACUGCCCCCAAGUGCGCUUCAUCUUCAAGGGCGACGACGACGUCUUCGUCAACCCCACCAACCUGCUCGAAUUUCUGGCCGACCGGCAGCCCCGGGAGGACCUGCUCGUGGGCGACGUCCUGCAGCACGCCCGGCCGAUCCGCAAGAAGGACAACAAGUACUACAUCCCGGGCGCCCUGUACAGCAAGGCCAGCUACCCGCCGUACGCGGGCGGCGGGGGCUUCCUCAUGGCCGGCCACCUGGCCCGGCGCCUGCAUCACGCCUGCGACACCCUGGAGCUGUACCCCAUCGACGACGUCUUCCUGGGCAUGUGUCUGGAGGUGCUGGGCGUGCAGCCCAUGGCCCACGAGGGCUUCAAGACGUUCGGCAUCUCUCGGAACCGCAACAGCCGCAUGAACAAGGAACCCUGUUUCUUCCGCUCCAUGCUCGUGGUGCACAAGCUGCUGCCGGCCGAGCUGCUGGCCAUGUGGGGGCUGGUGCACGGCAACCUCACCUGCGCCCGCAAGCUCCAGGUGCUCUGACCCUGGGCCCGGCGCCGCGCCGGCAGGAGCUCUUGAGCCCCGGGAGUCAUGGGUCUGGAGCCCCAGAGCCAGGACCAGAGCCAGGACGUGGACCGUGGUCCCCCACAGGGAGCCGGAGGGCGGGGGCCGCAUGUGCCCCUGGGCGUGAUGGGGUGCAGGUAGCCGGAAGGGGGCCCCCCUGUGCAGACAUCCCCUGGAAAGUGGAGCCGAGGCCCAGGACCGUCUGGAACCGCCCUGAUGGCGGGAGGAGAGCCCUGGGAGCGAGGUCACUGGCCACUGGUCGGCCUCCUGACCUGGGUUCCCGGCUUGCUUCUCUGUGACCCGGUGGAGGCCCUGGUGGCCUCUGAAGGAACUCUGUGCUCAGGUGCCCGGGGGAGGCCCGGCCGCGCGUGGGCCUGUGCGGCCGUCUCAUCUUCACAGAGAAGGUUCUCGUUCUCGCAUGAAAUGCCUCAGUCUCCCCUCCAUGGGCCCAGGCUGCCCUUUCAGGAGAAGCUCAGCCCUGUGCAGGCUCACAGGCCCCCUGCCCCCAUUCACAGUCCCUGCCCCUGGAUCUCCAGGAGACGGAACCUCAGAGGCCCUCAGUGCUGCCUGGCAUCUGCUCCCAGGUGGCCUCACUCCUGGCUGGGUCCUAUGAUGCUCCAUCUGCCGCUGUCUAGACGCGCGGCUGGCCGCUCUGACUACCUCAGCAAUCCUCAGAACCUCUGGACGGGCUGCAGCCCCCCUCACCCCAGGCACCGGGUCAAAGAGCAGUGCUCCAGCCCCCACCCCACCCCCACCCACGGUCACGGUGCUGCCCCACCGGUCGAGGGCCCCGUGCGGUCCCACCGAGGCCUGGCUCCCCGGCCAGAAACCAGCUGGUUUGGCCCUGGAGAUGGACGUUCCUCUAUUACUGUGAAGUUUUAUUUAUGAAGAAUUUGGAGGGAGAGAGUGCCAGGCCUCAGGAGAUGGUUGUAUUCUUCCUUCCCCUUCCCGCAGUGCAGCAAGAUUCCACCUCCCUCGGCCACUUGACCCCCCGCACCCCCCCCCACCCCAUGCCUGUCACGGCGUCCCCUCCAGAACCCCGCGCUGCCUGCACGCCUACUUCUCCAGGGCCUGAGCAGACAGGCGUGUGCCCCUGUGAAAGGAUGGAGUGACCCUGGUGUGCCACCUUGCCCGGGGCCACGGGUCCUCAUCGAAUGGGUGCAGAAGGAUGCCCCUUCUCUGCAUUUCUCAGGGUGGAGUCACCUCGGAAGAGAUUGCGGGAUUAACUCUUGUUUUCUCAAUAAAAGGGGGCUGGUUUUUUU